AUGACCCAUGGUUACGUGCUUCAGUUGAAUUUCGUUGAAAGAAAACUGGAUAUAACUGAAUACAACAUGAUAUAACGUUAGCUUCAAGUUCAUCGACCUGUUACUGCAUUUUAUAUUCUGUUACAAUAGAGAUGUCUUUCAGCAUUAUGUAUAUUCUCCCAGUUCUCAUACUCAAAUGGAUUACCUGCAACUCCUUUGUGAAUGGUCAGAUAUGCACCACUGACACUACUGCUGUAGUUCAGACCUGUGGAGAAACUACUAAGACAACCGGAGAAAUGUAUCUGGAUUUCUAUACCGGGAAGCUGGCGACAAACUGUUCAUGUCUACUUGUUCCCAUGUUUUCCGGGCGGAUUAUAGUUAGCAUUAUAUCGAUGCCAGAUAUUGAAUCUCGGUUAAUUAUUGCUGAACAAGGUAAUGGAAGAAUAAAUAACACAUUCAUGGACUACAGAAAGAGUCCCAUAAUGAAGAGAGUGAAAGAACAGAGACCAGUCAUCAUCAGACCUCACUACCAUUCCACUGGACAAAACUUCUUCUGUGUAUCGGUCUCCUCUCAAGGUGAAGGGGAUAUCAAGAUUUCCUGCGGAUCUGACUCAAAUAACUUGACAUCGAUGGACAAGAAUCCCACCGAUUUUAACGCACUGGUUCCACGUCGGAUAUGGAGCAUUGUGACGAUAGGUGUAACUGUAUCCUUCCUGGUUCUGUGCUUGUUCACGGUGUGUCUCUAUAUGCACGUGCGCGGAAGAGCGGAGAAGUCUACAAUAGAAUCUGACGGAGGAGACGAAAUAACGCAAACAAGCCGUGUCUUCUACAGCGUCCGCGACAGUGAACAUGUAUCUCCGAACAUUUAUAAUGAAUACGAAAAGCUGGGGAUGAAAUCAAUGCAUUUCUACAAUGAUUUAUCAUUAACAGUUGAUCAAACAUCGAUAUCGCCAUACACCAAUGUUCCAAUGGAUGAAAAUACGUCCGACAUAUAAAAUUAAGGUUACUUAUUGCAAUGAAACUUAAAACGUAUUUCACCUCGGUGUUUGUUGUUGUGAAAAUAUAUUUAGCAUUAAACAGUGAAUCAAAAGUAAAA